UCGCUGCCUGGUGCAAGCGUCUCUCUAGCUGCCUUUGGGUGCUGCACCAGCCGGUGAUCCGGGGCUCGGCCGGGGCUCUUCAGACCACCGUGCAGGGCUUUAUGCUUCAGCAGGGGAUAUUUCUGCUUUUCUUUGGGAAUCAACAUCAUGAGAAACCUCAAGUUACUGCGUACCCUGGAGUUUCGGGAUAUUCAGGCUCCAGGGAAGCCUCAGUGCUUCACUCUUCGAACUGAACAGGGAACAGUGCUCAUUGGCUCAGAGCUUGGACUGAUAGAAGUUGACCCUGGCACGAGAGAAGUGAAAAAUGAAAUUUCUCUAGUGGCAGAAGGUUUUCUCCCCGAGGACGGAAGUGGCCGCAUCGUUGGUGUUCAGGACUUGCUGGAUCAGGAGUCUGUGUGUGUGGCCAUGGCCUCGGGAGACGUCAUUCUCUGCAAUCUCAGCACACACCAGCUGGAAUGUGUCGGAAGCGUCGCCAGUGGUAUCUGUGUCAUGAGCUGGAGUCCUGACCAGGAGCUGGUGCUCCUCGUUACAGGUCAACAGACCCUGAUUAUGAUGACGAAAGACUUUGAACCCAUCAUGGAACAACAAAUCCACCAGGAGGAUUUUGGUGAAAGCAAGUUUGUCACUCUUGGAUGGGGCAAGAAGGAGACCCAGUUCCACGGAUCAGAAGGGAGGCAAGCAGCCUUUCAGAUGCACACGCACGAGUCUGCUUUGCCCUGGGAUGACCACAGACCCCGGGUGACUUGGCGUGGUGAUGGCCAGUUCUUUGCAGUGAGUGUUGUUUGCCCAGAGACAGGGGCCCGGAAGGUGAGAGUGUGGAACCGAGAGUUUGCUCUGCAGUCAACCAGUGAGCCUGUGGCAGGACUCGGACCGGCUCUGGCAUGGAAACCCUCUGGCAGUUUGAUUGCAUCCACGCAAGAUAAACCCAACCAGCAGGAUGUUGUGUUUUUUGAGAAAAAUGGACUUCUCCAUGGACAGUUUACUCUCCCUUUCUACAAAGAUGAGGUGAAGGUAAAUGAACUCCUCUGGAAUGCGGAUUCCACUGUGCUUGCAGUGUGGCUGGAGGAUCUUCAGAGCGAAGAGAGCUCCUCUCGAAAGACCUAUGUUCAGCUCUGGACAGUGGGCAACUACCACUGGUAUCUCAAGCAGAGUCUGCCCUUUGACACCGGUGAGAAGAGCAAGAUAGUGUCUCUGACGUGGGACCCGGUGAUCCCGUUCCGGCUGCAUGUCGUCUGCCAGGGCUGGCAUUACCUCUGCUAUGACUGGCACUGGGCCACUGACCGGAGCGCUGGAGAGAACUCCAGUGACAUGGUCAAUGUCGCCGUCAUCAGUGGAAACAGGGUGUUGGUAACGGUCUUCCGGCAGAUGGUGGUCCCACCUCCCAUGUCCACCUACCAGGUGCUCUUCCGGCACCCCGUGAACCAAGUCAUGUUCUCUCUGCACCCUCAGAAGAGUAACGACCUCGCGGUCCUGGACGCCAGUAACCAGAUCUCUGUUUAUCGAUACGGUGAUGGUGCAAGUGUGGACCCCACGGUGAAACCAGGAGCCGCAGGUGGCUGUGGCUUGAAAGUAUUCUUUAGAAUGCCUCACCUGGAAAAGAGAUACAGAAUUCAAUUUGCGAAUGGUGAAGAUCAGGAAGUCAACCCACUGAAACUCAGCUUGAUCGCCUGGAUCCAAGAUGACGUUUUCCUGGCUGUCAGCCACAGUGCAUCCAGCUCUCGGUCUGUCAUUCAGCAUCUGACCACGGUCCCUUCGGAGACGGAUGAUGAGCAAGGACAGCUCAGUAUUAGUUCGUCUGUGACAGUGGAUGGGGUGAUAAUCAAUGCAUGCUGCAGUUCCAAGACCAAAUCCAUAGCAUUGCAGCUUGCUGAUGGUCAGAUACUUAAGUACCUUUGGGAGUCCCCCUCUCACGUUGUUGAGCCCUGGAAGAAUCCUGAUGGAAUUCCUGUUCGGUUUCCUUACCCAUGCACGCAGAUGGAAUUGGCCAGUAUUGGAGGGGAGGAAUGUGUCCUCGGUUUGUCUGACAGGUGUCGUUUUUUCGUCAAUGACACUGAGAUUGCUUCAAAUAUCACAUCAUUUGUGGUUUAUGAUGAGUUCUUACUGCUGACAACCCAUUCCCAUACCUGCCAGUGUUUUUGCCUGAGAGAGGCUUCGCUUAAAACAUUACAGGCAAGCCUGGGCAGCGGUCCCGUGUCGAACGGGGAGACUUCCCGGAAGGUGGAGCGGGGCUCACGAAUCGUCGCUGUUGUGCCCCAGGACACAAAGCUUAUUUUACAGAUGCCAAGAGGAAACUUGGAAGUUGUUCACCAUCGAGCCCUGGUUUUAGCUCAGCUUCGGAAGUGGUUAGAUAAACUUAUGUUUAAGGAAGCAUUUGAAUGCAUGAGAAAACUGAGAAUUAAUCUCAAUCUGAUUCAUGAUCACAAUCCUAAGGUAUUUCUUGACAAUGUGGAAAACUUCAUCAGACAGAUAGAUUCUGUGAAUCAUAUUAAUUUAUUUUUCACAGAAUUAAAGGAAGAGGAUGUCACAAAGACCAUGUACCCUCCCCUGGUGGCUCGUGAGCUGGACAAGCUCUCUGAGGACCUCGAGGGAAACAAAGUCGAUCUUAUCUGCGACGCUAUGAGAGCAGCCAUGGAGAACAUAAAUCCUCACAAGUACUGCCUGUCCAUACUCACCUCCCACGUGAAGAAAACCACUCCAGAACUGGAAGUUGUGCUGCAGAAGGUACACAAGCUCCAAGGAAACGGGACAUCUGCUCCUGAUGCUGUUAGUGCCGAAGACGCCCUCAAGUAUUUGCUGCUUCUGGUCGACGUUAAUGAAUUAUAUGAUCAUUCUCUCGGGACCUAUGAUUUUGAUUUGGUUCUCAUGGUGGCCGAGAAGUCCCAGAAGGAUCCCAAAGAAUAUCUUCCAUUUCUUAAUACACUUAAGAAAAUGGAAACAAAUUAUCAGCGGUUCACUAUAGACAAGCAUUUGAAACGGUAUGAGAAAGCCAUCGGCCACCUCAGCAAAUGUGGACCUGAACACUUCCCGGAAUGCUUAAACUUAAUAAAAGAUAAAAACCUGUACAACAAAGCUCUGAAGUUGUACCCACGGGACUCGCAGCAGUACAAGGACAUCAGCAUUGCUUACGGGGAGCACCUGCUGCAGGAGCGUCUCCAAGAGCCAGCAGGGCUCGUGUUUGCCCGCUGCGGUGCCCACGAGAAAGCGCUGGAUGCCUUCCUGGCUUGUGGCAGCUGGCAGCAAGCUCUCUGUGUGGCUUCCCAGCUCAACUGGACCGAAGACCAACUGGCUGGGCUCAGCAGAACUCUGGCAGGAAAGCUGGUUGAACAGAGGAAGCACAGAGAUGCAGCCACGGUUUUAGAACAGUAUGCACAGGACUACGAAGAAGCAGUGCUCUUGCUGCUAGAAGGAGCUGCCUGGGAAGAAGCUUUGAGACUGGUGUACAAGUAUAACAGACUGGACAUUAUCGAAACCAAUGUAAAGCCUUCCGUUCUAGAAGCCCAGAAGCAUUACAUGGCAUUCCUGGAUUCUCAGGCGGCCACAUUCAGUCGUCAUAAGAAACGUUUCCUGGUGGUUCGAGAGCUCAAGGAGCAAGCCCAGCAGGUGACUCUGGGGGAGGACAUGCCCCAGCAUCAGGAGUCUGACCUCUUCUCUGAAACCAGCAGCGUUAUGAGUGCCAGUGACAUGAGUGGCAAAUACUCCCACAGUAACUCUCGGAUCUCAGCGCGAUCUUCAAAGAAUCGCCGGAAAGCUGAGCGGAAGAAGCACAGCCUCAAGGAAGGGAGUCCCCUGGAGCACCUGGCUCUAUUGGAGGCCUUGAGUGAAGUUGUUCAAAGUAUGGAGAAGUUGAAAGAUGAAAUACACCAUAUUUUGAAGAUGCUCUUUCUCUUUGAGUUUGAUGAGCAAGGAAGGGAGUUACAGAAGACCUUUGAGGGUACUCUGCAACUGAUAGAAAAGUCAGUGCCAGAAAUUUGGACUCUCCAACACAAGCAGAGCUCAGCUACGCCCGUCCUGGGUCCUGAUUCCACUGCAAAUAGUAUCAUGGCCUCCUAUCAACAACAGAGAAUGUCAGCUCCUACCCUUGAUUCUGAGCUUUUGAUACCACCAAAGAUCAACACAAAGACCCCGUGGAAACUGAGCCUUCUGGAGUGAUGGAUGGCGUGAGGUGGGCCCUGGCCCAAGAAGACCGGCUCCCUCCCAGGCUCCCUCAUCAGCCGAUCAUGCCUCCCAGCGCAGCUCUGCCCCACGCCACCAGGACCCAAGCAGCUUUUCGAUCUUUAUCUUGCCCAUAAUCUUAACCGCCAGAAUGGGAAACUUUAGCCAGUAGAGCAUUUCACAAGAGUUACUUGUUAUUUUUUAAAUGUUUGGAUUCACGCUGCUUGAGAGCCUGCCUGUCUCUGGUGUUGUCAUCAGCAUCUCAGAUUGUAUCCCCAGCUCCGGGCCUGAUUCAUGUUGGGGCUGUAGAAUAGUCGUUGUCUUCAUCCGUGCCUCUGUGCCUUGGGAAUAGUGUUUCGUGCUGUCUACCUCAAAAAUGUGAAGCCAAGUCAAAUGGUGUUUGUCAGUUGUUUUAUGUUUCUAGAGGAGAGUCUUCCGUGGAAACAGCGUGGCUGUCACGUUACGGACAUUUGGUCGUGCUCAGUCAACUUCGCUGCCUCCUUCCCCUCGAGCUGAGGAAGGAGCGACGGAUCUCUUUGAAGGUUCCCAGUGCUUGUGGCAGUUACUUGUCAGAGUGAGCCGGGUCGUGAGCUUCCAUUGUAAUGGUCUCGAGCCUCCUGUCCUUGCAGUGUCCCUGGGGACUGUCUCUCCUGCCUGUGAGUCACGUGCUGGAGUGGUGGCAGGAAUAGGUGAGACUCUUGGAAACGCCACCAGCACAUUUGUUGUGGAAGCUUGGACAUCAUGCUGUGUGAGAGGGACAAUCACUAGCCUCUUUCCUCCAGAGUACUGCCUCCGAAAUGUUUAUAAGCUUUUUUUUUUCCUUUUUUCUA